CCAUGUAAAGCAGCAAAGGUCGUCUGCGAAAAAGCAACACAGAGAGUGAAAGAGGGAGGGCAUAGCAAUUGGACAUUGCGAACAUAGCAAUUACCAAGAACGAAGAAAGAGAGAGAUGAACACAGACAUUACUGCAUCGGCUAAGUCGGAGUACCCAGUCAUAGAUCGGAAUCCCCCCUUCACCAAGACCGUCGCCAACUUCAACACCCUUGAUUACCUUCGACUCACCACCAUCUCCGGCAUCUCUGUCACCGUUGGAUACCUUUCUGGAAUCAAGCCAGGGAUCAGGGGCCCGUCGAUGGUGACCGGGGGUUUAAUCGGAGUUAUGGGUGGGUUCAUGUACGCGUACCAGAACUCCGCUGGACGUCUGAUGGGCUUCUUCCCCAACGAUGGCGAGGUCGCUCGUUACAAGAAGGGUUGUUUGGAUGUGCGAUUUGAAGUGAUUAUGUGUUAUUGA